AAAAAAAGCCUUUUAAAAAAAUCUUAAUAUAAUACAGUAUUCCUUUACUUUUUGUGUAGACCUAUUUAAUAUAUAUAUAUAUAUAUGUAUAUAUAUAUAUAUAUAUAUAUAAAACCAUACCCAGUAUAUCAGUAGCCUACUGAUAACUCAGCAAAUAAUUGUAAUUUGAUGUUUUUCAUUAUGCAGGUUUUUGAUCAACUCAAGCAAGUGAAUUUUACUAAAAAUAAUUAUUCUGUUUCAUUUGAUUCCAAUGGAGACCCUGUGGCCACCUAUGAACUUGUGAAUUGGCAGCGUUCGGGAUAACUUUCGUCCUCUGUAUCUCCUGUGUUCUGGGGAAAACAAUAGUGGUGUUAAUGGCCUUCAAAGCUACACUUCCAGGAAGUAAUGUUAUGAAAUGGUUUGGGCCUCAUCAACAGAGACUCAGUGUUUUUGCUUUCACUCUUGUACAGGUUCUUAUAUGUGUACUUUGGUUAACAAUAUCCCCACCUUUUCCCUACAAUAACAUGCAACACUACAAAGAAAAGAUAAUUCUUGAAUGCAGUUUUGGAUCAGCUAUUGGUUUCUGGGCUGUACUGGGUUAUAUUGGCCUCCUAGCUUUCCUUUGCUUUGUUUUAGCUUUUCUUGCCCGAAAACUGCCUGAUAAUUUCAAUGAGGCUAAAUUCAUCACAUUCAGUAUGCUCAUAUUUUGUGCUGUUUGGAUCACCUUUAUUCCAGCUUAUGUCAGCUCUCCAGGGAAAUUUACUGUAGCUGUAGAGAUUUUUGCUAUUUUAGCUUCAAGCUUUAGUCUGAUUCUCUGUAUUUUUGCUCCUAAGUGUUUCAUUAUUGUCUUUAGACCAGAGCAGAAUACCAAAAAACAUUUAAUGGGUAAAGUACCAUCAAAAUCCCUUUGAGACAAAUAUUUUACAUGUUUGUGCUAUAUGUGCAAAAAAAAAAAAAAAAAAAAAAAGAUACACACAAUAAAUAUUCUUUGGUAUAGUUUUAUGCUUACAAAUGUUGGCCUAACAGAUGAUGUGUAGUAUAUUCACAACUUGUGUAGUUCAUUAAUGCUACUAUAUUUUAACAUAUUUCUUGUUAAGACAUAAAAAUAAAACCUUUUUUUUUUCCUCAUUUAACAUUGCUUAAUAUUUCACUGCUACCCAUUCUUACUCCUAAGAACUCUGUGCAUUACUAUACAGCAGGGGUUGGCAACCUAUGGCCGUGUUUCUCAUCCGGCGGGUCGCAACCAAAAGUGGGUCGCAAGAGUGUGUUGUGAAGUGUGUAAUCAAAGAAACAAAAACAACCACGAAAAAGUACUUCUAAAUGUUUUACUGAUGUGAGACUAUUAUUUU